UUGCCAUAUUCUCUAAGCUCUUUGUUUUGCUCCUAUAAAAGGCUUGACUGCAGAAAUAAAGUUGUCAGACAGUCCUUGCAGAGACUGUCCGAGUGUUGUUCUUUCAGGUUCGCCAUUUCCAAGUCCCAGGGAGAAAAUUCCCACAGGUGGCGCCCGAACAGGGACUUGAUAAGAAGACUGAACAAAGCAGCGAGCCCUGCAGAAAGAGAUGGAGAGGAAAUCCGGGUUCCACUUUGCCAUGUCCAUUACCGAGAAGGACCCCAAGACCGGACUCCCCCGGCAGGUGACGCAGCUGUCACGAAGAGUCUCAUCAAUGACCAUAGAGGAGCCGAAGAGAAAACAUCAACGUCUAAACCCCUACCCAACAUGGGCUCAGGUGAAAAACAUGACUCAUCAGGCUGAACAAACACUGAAAGUUACUAAAACUCCCAUGACUCCAGAUAAGCUGUUUCUGGCAAUGCUAGCUGUUCUCUCUUGUUCCUCUGGGGUAAGUGCGGAAUAUGUUUACUGGGCAUACAUACCUAAUCCACCCUUGUUAUCCAUAGUGGAUUGGGUCGAUAAGGCCCCUAUGGUACUCACCAAUGACAGCCUGCACUUCCCAGCUCCAUGGUCAACACAAAGACCAGUUCAUGAAGAAGAUGAAGGAAGAAAAAUAAAUAUUUCUAUUGGAUUCAAAACCUUACCCAUAUGUUUCGGAUCUCACCCUUUACGCAUGACUAUAUUCCCACAAUGGUGGGCUUACUCAGCACACAAUGGUUCUGCCUAUCGUAUAGGAAUGUUUGCAACUGCAUCCUUUCUGCUAAAUGACUCUGAGAGGCAUUAUCCUGGACAAAUAGUUAACUACACUAAUUCACUCUUCCGGCCUGAAGAAGCAUAUAAUUUAACCAAUAUGUGACAUUGUAUCAUGGAGAAGGAAGCAGUCAAUUCAACCUCUAUACUUGUCAGAUUGUCGGGAACAAUUUGGGAAAAUCUCUAUCAUUCAGCAAAAUCAAUCUAUAUUUAAAUUCAUUGAUUGGGGGCCCCAUUGGUUGUUUGUGAACUGCUCUGAGGAACAGGAAAAGAACCAUAACUGUUCCUGGUAUAAUAGGUCCAACGUGUGGGGAUUUCAUAAGACCAAUGCUAGCUUUUGGGCUUAUAAAGACAUACUGUUAAAUUGGUAUAAUGGGGGAUUGUCUCCACCUCGACCCAGAAUCAUAGUCCCUACCAUAGGACCUGAGCAAUGGCAUAUGUGGAAGAUUCCUGCUGCAUUGGAGCGCUUUGCCAGUGUGUAUGGGACUACAAAAUCCUUAAAACCUCAAAAUUACACCUUUUUAUACGCUAGUACAAGUCAUAUCCAAUCUUGUGUGCACCUCCCAUACAUGUUUAUUGUAAGUAACUUUGAUAUAGAUCUUUCUGCUAAGAUUGUUAACUGUACAGCAUGUGCCUUGUAUAUGUGUUUAAACUAUACUAUUCCAUAUCAUAAUGCCAACAUUGCAGUAGUCAAGCAGAGAUCUAAAUUGUGGCUUCCUGUUAGCCUAACAGAACCAUGGACCGACUCUGUAUUCCUUUCAGUUCUGUUCAAAAAUGGCUUAAAGAGGUCAAAGCGCAUAAUAGGAUGGAUUAUUGCUGGCAUUCUUAGUCUAAUAUCUAUUGUUACAGUAGGAACCCUAUCUGGUGUGGCACUACACAAUUCUAUAAAUAAUCAUGAUUUUAUUACUGCAUGGCACAAAGAUUCCCAUGAUCUCUGGACUUGAUAAGCUCAAAUAGAUCAGCAAUUGCAAACAUGAAUCAAUGAAUUACAAACAGUGGUAAUUAAUUUAGGAGAUCAAGUACAGCAACAUACUUUUCAAAUACAUAUACGUUGUCACUGAAAUUUUACUUCUUUCUGUCUGACUAACAUGCCCUAUAAUAACACUGAGUAUCCUUGGGAUAAAGUUAAAGCACAUUUGCAGGAUCUCACGGAUAACUCAAGUUUUGACAUCAAUGUUUUAAAACAACAAAUUGCUAAUUUUCAAGUAAAAAUACCUAAGGAAUUAUAUAGCACCCAGUUUUAUGAUACUUUAACCAAAACAUUUUCCUCUCUGGAUCCUAGAACUUGGUUUUCAGGAGGCAACCUCUUUAUGUAUGUAUUAAUUGCUCUGCUUUUUCUGUCAUUAUUUGUAGGAUAUAGAUGUCUCUACUCAAGACUCUGUACCUCCCACAGCAGAGUCCAACUAGCAGCUGCUGUGCUUAAAGUAAAAACAAAAGGAGGAUAUGUUGGGAGGCACAGUGCAAAAUAGCCUUGAAGGAGAAGGUCCUUGGGAAAAUGGCGAAGGGCCAGAAAUACCCAGGCAUUGUGUACUGAUAGCUGAAAAACAUUUCCUGCCUUUGGCUAUGCUCCACGCCAAGAUUUAACGAUUAAACAUUAAAGACGUUGCUUGAGAAAAAUGGGUCAUGGGAUAAACACAUGGGUCGUUAAGAAUGCACUGGUCCUUGAAAUAUCUUUUACUGAUUAUAUCUUAACCUUGUACAUGCUCUGCUUGCUGUAUGUGCUAAGCUCUUUGUUCCUUGCUCCUAUAAAAGGCUUGACUGCAGAAAUAAAGUUGUCAGUCCUUGCAGAGACUGUCCAAGUGUUGUUCUUUCAGGUUCACUGUUUCCAAGUCCCAGGGAGAAAAUUCCCACAUAUGGUUGCUCCAGUUAUUGCAUUAUACAUAACACAGUCUAUUGGUAAUAUUAUUUUACCUAUUUGAAUGAAGUAUAUAAAUAUUGCCUCU